AUGGCUAACAUAAGAACCUCCAUGAAGGCUGAAGCCGAGUCCCUUAAAAGUCUGGUGGAAUCAGUAACUACUGAAAAUAUGGAAGAGGUGAACACAAUAGAGCAGUCAUUACUGAAAAAAUUAAAUAAUCAAGAAACAACAAUAGAAAAGUAUAUAACCUACCUCAAUGACCUGGAUAAAAAGUUCCGUGUUUAUACAAAUCCAACCCAUACCAGAAACAACAAAACCAGUGACGCCUAUCAGUCAGGCAGACUCUGGGUCAGUGAAUGUGUUGGUAACCUUGUUCAAACAGAUCUACAGGGGAAUCAGCUACAGAAAAUAAGAACCAGUGGUGUAAAUAGUUUCCACCCUGUGACACAGGACGGAGAUCUGAUCUUUACAGACAUGGACGAGAAAGUCCUUAAAAGGACAACACUGCAUAACAAUAUCACUCAAUUCCUUGAAACCAGACAAACCAUACCAUUCUGCAUACAUUCCUCCCACAUCAAUGGGGACUUACUGGUGGGGAUGGGGACAAGAGGAGAGGCUAAAGUCACCAGGUACAACAAGAAAGGAAAAGAACUACAGAACAUACAGAGGGAUAAAAAAGGACAGGGGCUGUAUAAUGCACCAUACUACAUAACAGAAAACAUCAAUGGAGAUAUCUGUACAUGUACUUCAGACUGUGAUAAAAAGGCAGUAGUGGUGGUGAAUAGAGUAGGAAAACACAGAUUCUCCUACACAUGUCAGGGGUCAAAGUUUCGUCCCCAUGGAAUCUGUACUGAUGUCUUCGGUCACAUACUGGUGUGUGAUCUGUUCAAUGUUCACCUCCUUGAUCAGGAUGGUCAGUUCCUAUCUCUACUUAUCACACCAAAACAAGUAUCUGAUCCCAUUAGUGUAUUGUGGAUAACGAGAACAAUCUUUAUGUGGGACAAGAUAACAACACAGUAA